GUCAAAAAAUUCAACACACCAGCAGUGUGUGAGGAGACCUGAAAGUGGCACAUGGCAGAGUGUGGCGAUGGAGACAGCAGCAAUGGGAGGCCGUACAGGGACCCAUGAGAGACUCUGGACUUGGCAGCAGCAUGAGGAGGCGGUAUAUAGGGGCCCAUGGCAGAUUAGGGGCCUGGCAGCAGCUAUGGGAGGCCCGUAAUCUGCCAGCACCCUAUGUCAAAAAAUUCAACACACCAGCAGUGUGAGGAGACCUGAAAGUGGCACAUGGCAGAGUGUGGCGAUGGAGACAGCAGCAAUGGGAGGCCGUACAGGGACCCAUGAGAGACUCUGGACUUGGCAGCAGCAUGA